AUGUGUCUUAUUAAGAUCUCGCAUUGGUAUUAUGAAAAAAACAAACAAGUAUUAAAUAAUGACUUAAAGUUGCGUCAUCCGCCAUUCAAAUAUGGAAAAGUAAUACCCACAAAAAUAACCACAGGAACAGCAACAUUAUUUAAAGAACAUGACCCGGAAGUACAUUAUAUUAAUAAUCGAACAACGAAGAAAUCGAUCAAGUAUUUGAUCGAUCUAAUCACAACACUAAAAAUAACGUCAUAUGUUAUUGAUACAGAAGGUGAUCCAUCACGAAACCCGCCACUUCCUGAAAUUUUUAAAUUAAAUCAUACAUUUAUGGCUUGGGGCGAUGUUCGUAAAGAAUUAAAAGCGUUUACAGAAUUUAANAUGUUGUCAAUAGACGAAAUAUUCAAGCCGAAUUUCGUCGUUAUUAUAAUUACUCAUCCACACCUUCCAGAAUGUUUAAGAGUAGAAGAUAUUAGCAACGACGAAGAUAAAAUGACACUUAGUGCCCCAGUGAAGGACAAUUUACAAUCAGAAUCAGCAACAUUAUAUGAUGAUUAUUUACAUUGUACAUGCCAAUUUCGGCCUUAUAAGGAUCCAAAUCAGCCUACAGCCUGGUCCUUACAAAAAGCAAUAGCAUCAUUUGAUUUAUUUUUGGAUAAAUCGUUUACAUGUGCAAAUUGGUCUGGUGGUCUAGACAGAGAAUUGGGCACGUGGGAAUUUGAUCAAUCGGAUUUACGUACAAAGCAAGAAAAAUUAAGAGAAGAAAUGGAAAAGUAUGCCGUUAACGAUGUUCUAUCUGUAUUGUUUAUUCUCGAAAAACAACAAAAAUAUUAUGAAGAAAAAAACAAGCCCAACAUUAAUACGAUAGUGGAAAAAACAAUGUCAACAACGUCCGAAAAUACAGAACCAGUACUGGUUCUGACUCCUUACUCACCUGCAAAUUUGCACACAUCAAGUUCAGCCGCACUAUCCACACUGAUCCCAAUAUUAAUACCAUCUCAAACUAAAUUUCAAAAAUCUAUAUCAACAUCAAAUUCUGUCCCGAAUCAAACAACUGAAUCAACUUCUGACAAAACAACCACUCAAAUAUCCAAAUCGUUAUCCAAUUCAACAUUACCACCUGUAAAGUCUGUUGAGCAAGCAUCAUUAGCUGAAGAAGAAAGAAAAUGGAGAAACAGAUUGGCUGGUAAACGUCACCGGAAAAAUGAUUUCAAAAUCCGUAUCGAUGUUCCAAUCUAUCACAGAUUUGAAGUCCAACAAGUAAAAGAAAUAUUGAAAUCGUUACAUAUUGAAUUUCGUCGCGUAGUUAUUUAUCAGCAUACUACUUUGUUAAUUGGAUUGAAACAUGAUGCAAACAUUCCUUAUACACGUCAUAAAUUAAGAAGAAACCCGUUUAAUAGGGAAAAAUAUAUUGAAAUCAAUGCUUAG